AUUUGCUAUCUACAACAAAUUUUUUUUUGACAGUCGUUUUCUAGUUUUUUUUUUCUGUUGUCCCGUCUCAAAAGCCGGAGGGCUCUUCAUAAGAUAUACCUAAAAGUGAGUACAUUUUUAUGUUAUUCUAUAUUUAGAUUGUAUAUUAAAGGCAGUGCUUGAAUUUGAAAAAUUAAAGAAUGGGGACUAUGUGACUUAAAAAAAAUCAGCAACCUUUGCAAUGACCCGACUAAUACCCAUUAAACCGUGGGGAGGAAUACACUAUAAUUUUUGAUUAAAUUAUUGGGGUUCUCGGUCCUUCCCCUCAAUUUGAGCACAACAUAAUGGUCAAGAAAAGAACAGUGUGCUCAUAGCUUUGUAAUUUAUUACAGGAUGUUUACCAGUUUAAAAGAAACGAUUGUCAAUUUUGUGCAGUCCCCUUUCGGCAUUGUUAAGGCUGAAGAAGAAUUAGUUGACCCUGCCAAAGUUUUGAGGGUAUGUUUAUUAAAUAAAAAUACCUAGGUUUUAUAAUUUAACUCAAUAUGUUUUGAAUCUUUAGACAAAAUGUGAGCAGCAAAAUGCAGCACAAGAACGAUUUGCCAAGUUGCAAGAGUGCAAUGAACGUGUCAACUCUAAAAAGAAAACUGCUGAAACCUGUGUUGAAGAGUUGUGGGAUUUCUUAGAGGUUGUUGACAAAUGUGUUGCAAAAGACUUAUUUGAUCAUCUGAAAUGAUAUUAGUAUGCAGUUUAAACAGUCAAUUGGCUUAGGUAUUUCAUGUGGUUAAUUUAUUCAGUACCUAAUAAAAUUAAAAUUAUUAAUUGAUUAAUAACUCAAUCAUAGUGAAAUUAUGUACAAUAAAUGUAUUCUUUAAUCAAACAAAGUUUCCAUAUUAAAUAAUUGAAUAAUUGAAUAUAAUACAAAAACUUACUUUAGUUUACCAGAAUGGUUCAAACAAUUUUACAUUAAUAUCAACAGUUUAUUUUUCAUAUUUUAGUUGUGUAAAUGGUUUAGUAAACAUAUUUACAUUUCUAACUUAAUAAAUUGAAUAUCGUUAUUUAAUAUUAUUUUUUUAUCAAAAGUGAUUGCUUUAUUGCUAUUAUUGUUAUUUAGAUCAAGUGUAACGUGUACUUGUAAUAAUAAUUUAGUACAUAUAUUAUAUAUAUAUAUUUGUUUGUAUGUAUAAUAUGUAUUUAUUUUAUUUUAUAGAACAAAUGGGACUAGCCCAAAACUAACAACUCUAGAGAUAAAAAUAAGAUUUACAAAAGGAAGUGUUACAUUACCUCUGGUUUAUGAGGUGAAUCUGGCUUGUCAUUAUUUAUUAUCUGAUCUGUAAAAUAUUCUUGCGCUUAAUUACGUACAUUUUAAUAUUUUACAUUUUCAUAAAAAUUUAAAAACAUUUAGAUUUGGUCAUCAUUAUUUAUGGCCAAUAUUCCUGGUAUGGCUUUCAUUUUUAUUUUAUUUGUUAGGUAUAGUGUAAUUUUAUAAUUGGUUGGCCAUAUGGUUAUUGUCGUGUCCAUCCACAUUAAAUAAUUUACUGAAUAUUAGUUUUUACUAAUCAUAGAUAGUGUGAUGAUGAUCAUAGAACGAAAAAAAUUAAAUUUUAAAUUUUAAUACCAGUUUUUCAAUCUAAUGUUUUUAAGACUUUGAAACUCAAACACUGUGUUGAUAUUUAUUAAAUUUAUAAUGUAUUUAUGGUUUAACGUUGCAUUUUGUUUAACAAUUGAUUUAAAUAGAUUAAAUCAAAAAUUAAUAGGAAAAAGUUUUUAAGAGGGCC